GGUCAUGCGGCAUGGACUGCUCUCAGCUCCACGACAGCAGAUUCCCAAGGAAUCGUCUCCUCACGCCCAGAGCAGACUAUUUCGCCUUCAAUCGUAAUAGACGCUACUGGAGAAGUGCCAGUCAACACCAGCAUCGCAGACACCAACAUGCGCACCAGCUCGUGACCAACCGCUAUACGCAUACAGGUUACAACAACUUCCCCUGUAAACCGACUGGGCACAAAACAAUAAGUGAUUUCGAAUCAGGGCUCAACCUAGAGGAAAGACGAUGCAAAACCGACCACCGACAACGAAUUUGGUCACACAGUCAACACCCACCACCCAGAUUUACGGCAAGGGAAUCUGAGGAAGGAUGGUGCACGGUCAGAUAUAGGGGACGCCAAAGCUCUCGGAAUACAGGGCGACAGGGCCCUCUCCCCAACCAACAUCUCCCGGAGCGUCAACGCCUCAGAGAAAAAACAAUCACAGGUAACUCUUAUCGCUACCUAAACUUAGCAAUUGAGGACGAUAACCCUAAUUCGGCAGAAAUCACCCAGAACAAAAUAGAUUCAAGCGAUAAAAAUGGGGCAAGGGUAUCAAGCGCUCAAAAUUCUUCAGCCUGGGAGGGACACAUGGCGAAAUCCGGACGAAAUACAGGAGACAUAGAGCGUGUCAAGCCGGUCCCUUUGUUUGAUAGUUCAGCCGUAGACAUACAGCCUGUCAAGGUUAUGCGAGCACCUGCUUUCAAUCGUCCCUUCACAUGGGCAGAUUUGGUAAGGUCUGAUAAAGACGAACUUAUUGACGUGGCAGCUCUUACUCGGUCAAUCUGAACCCACACCUCUGUACAAAAGGAAAGACAAUUGACCCCAGUCAAAACCAAUGAUAGGGACCAGGCCGAAAUUACUCAGCCACAGGAUAUUAUAGAGGAAAAAUUCGAGUUCUUUGGAGAAGAGGGUUUCGAUUCUAUAAAAAUAGAAUAUAAAUUAUUUAGAUUUGCCGUUCGAAACAGCUACAUUGUCAUUUUGCAAAUAAAUAAAUCCUCGCUGCACAGGAUAAAUAUGCAAACCGAACUAGUACCUCAGCUCUAUCAGUAUAUUUAUCAUCUCUCAAGUUCAGACAGCUGUAAAUUUAGGCAGCGUAGAAGAUUUGGCUCGAUCACAGUUUCUACGGAAUUUGAUGCAAGGGGCUGGAACUUGAAAAUGGCUAAAGAAAAAGGAAGCUACAUCCUCAUCCCAAUGGGCCCAAAAAAGUCAGGGCUGCUUGACUUUCUGGCAAUUUUUUCAAAUUGUGUGGGAUGAACUACUUUAGUGCAGGAGGAACCAAUGAACUUGGUGCACGAAACUUCGACAGACACUCAGGAAAUUACAUCCAUUUCCAAACUAAUAUUUAAUUUUGAAAUUCAGAGAGCAUAUCCAGAAAUACAACCUUUUUUUCAGAAAAAACAACCCAAGAUAGCUCUUCUACAGGCGUAUUCCGAUGCCUCAGACAGCUUUGACCCAUCAGAUGACUCAUACUUCUCAGACGACUUCCUGGGACACGCAACGGAGUGCGAUCGCCGACCCCCUAUUUCAGAACAGGAAGAUAUAAGGGACUCCAAAUUCAACAAAGCAAUUUGUUAUAAAUCUCAGUUCAUUACUUCAGAUAAUUGCAUCCCAACAGACAAUCUGAACACUCAGCUCAAAAUCUACAGAAAAGCCCAGAAGAACAAAAGGCGCCAUAGUAUGAGAACUAGGUCUCAGUCAAAGCAAUUCCCCUGGGUUUUAAAAUCCUUUAUUUUAUUUCUAUUCUGACGUGUAUUUUCUUUAUGUGCUUUUUUUUCUUCUAUUUGUAACCUUUCUUUAUUUGAAUAAAAUUCCUUUAAUUGUAACCUUUCUUUAUUUGAAUAAAAUUCCUUUACUUAUCAAAAAAAAAA